AUGCCGUUGUCCGUCUCAGCGUCGGCUCUCCCGUCUUUUCGGAAGCAGCAUCUUCUCGUCGAGUUCUCCCGUCUGCGCUAUGCACAGCUUGAUGGCAUCUUCUUGAGUAUCACACCUGGCGACCCGUCGCUGUGGUUUGGUGUAAUAUUCGUGCGAAAAGGACCAUAUGCGCCCGCAGUCUUACGCUUCCAAAUAUCUUUUCCACCCAGCUAUCCUGCCAUACCACCCCUCGUGACCUUCUCUACCGAUGUCUUUCACCCGCUGCUCACGCCACUUACCACGUAUACUUACACGACUGGAUCCGCCGACACGGAUACCGUAAGUGCAACAGACGAGGAACGGCUACCACCUGGAGGGUUCAGUUUACGACACGGCUUUCCACACUGGUUCGGCAGAGCUCGACGGUCUGUACCAAAUUCUCGUGAUGUCAGUGCAUCUUCAAAUGUACUUCCUAUGCGUUCCGACUCCAAUGUUACCCCUGGUGUCCUCGGCGGUUCCCAGCCAACGGCCGAAUACUCCAUCGUACGCAUGCUAGAGUACAUCCGCUCGACAUUUAGUGAAGAAUCAAUAUUGGACUCACUCCCGUUAGAGGCAGCUGCGAACCCAGGUGCCUACCACGCGUGGCGGGCGCAUCGGGCUCCAGUAUUGCAAUCUCAACAGUCAAAUCCAACAUCUCCAAGCCUUGAGCCUCCCACAGCGGAGAAUCCAGAAGGUGCAUCUGCACUUGGACGCAACCGACGUCCAGGAGAGUGGAACUGGGAAGGAGUAUGGGAAGAUCGCGUAAGAAAAGCAGUCAAGGCUAGUAUAUCUGAGCCAGUCCUAUUCGGCACUGGCGCUGGGGAAGACAUAAUUCGCUUUCGCGAAGCGGACGACGAGAUGCAUGAGCAGAUGAAGAAGCAAAUGGAAGUCGCUGCCGCACAAAUUGGUGAGGCGUAUUUACGCAUUGGCUACUCUUCUUAUCCAUCCCCAUUCCGUUUGACAUUGACGUCAUUGCGCGUUGAGAGACCACGCGCUUUGGAGACAACUCGUGGUGAGAGUGAGCGCACCGCGGUGACUGAGCUUCCGUUUGUUGCUGUUUCGAGCGAAUCCACGAUGAUCACAACGAUAACAGCUGGUGGUGUCUUCUCGGACCGCACACCUCUAUGCCCACCCCCACUCACCAUCCAGAAAAAGUCGCGCAAAGCAACUUUUCGACGGCGGAUAUUUCGUAAGUCGACCCCUACCUCCAGCGACGACCAGUACGUAUUCGGGCCGCUAGACGAUAUCAUCGACGAGAUCAAAAGCGAUAUUUGGGGGUUACCACCCGACUAUAGCUUCGAGUCGUCCGUGUUUGACUGGGCACGCCCACUCAAAGCACCGUGGAGUGUAACACCUCUUCCCGUCAGUCGCACUCCCAGCGACCAUCCUCUGACAAUACGAAAGAAUAGAAACAGCCGCUCGUCAGCCUCAGGCUCAAGCCUAGGACAUUCGAUGGCGUCUCCGCGCAACAACAGCUAUGACGAGCCCGAGAGCGGCGGCCCGGUACGUUCCGUGUACACCACUGAAUUUCCCCCCUGGCCCUCGACCGACAUGCUGUCGAGCAAGGCUAUGCAUGCAUCCAAGCCUCCUGAUUUUGCUGCUGGCGCUGAACACAUGAGCGCACAACAGGCUCUUGAGAAAGUGAAUAGCAAACCUGAACACCGUGCUGAGCCUCCAAAGCGGCGUAUGUCCAAAUUGCGGCUUUUCACAAAUGGUCUGCCCCUCUUGCGUCGCCAGAAUACCGGAGAUACGAGCGUUGGUGUUGGCGAUACGCCAGAUUCAAGCUCGCCAACGGGCACUACAUCGCUUGCAUUUCAUGUUGGGAUCGAGGAAGGUUCAUCGGUAGAGUAUCCGGGCGACGAAGCUGUCGAGGCUUACUUGCUACGUAAUGCCCGCAAUGGAGAGAAGUUCAGCUCCAUUAUGGGCCGCAUUGCCAAGCGUCUUCCUUCCCCUACGGACUUUGAUCACGAGACAUCCGAUGCACAAGUGUCAGGCUCAACCUCACUAUUGCCGACUACUCUUCGGGCAGCGAUUAGACUGUUCCCAGAGGAAAAGCUUGUUACCGAGGAGUACCAAGAGCUCGGCGUCGCUAUUGAUAUCGAGGGUGUCCUGUACAACCGAACCCCUCUGCCUGAUACCGGGAUCGAUGUGAUCUUCGUGGUAGACAACGGGUACUAUGUCACCACAGCUUGUCUGGAGAGGUCAUUGGACGCUGUCAAUGGAGCCUUGCAUCAUCUUGGCCAUGAAGAUCGCCUGGCUCUAUACACCACUCAUUGCACCCACCGUGAUGUCACUGGAAACAGGCCAGAGGUACUGUACCCGCUUCAAUCCGUGUGUGCGGAUGUCGAAGAGAUAUUCCAAGAGUUGACGUCGGGGAUCGCACAGUCGGGUUCGCAGCUAUGGGACCCGCCUCGUCCCAACCCCUCGAUGACCGACGUCAUCCUUGGCAUAGCCAGAUCUAUGCAAGGCAAACACCUGAAGGCUGGUCUUACUCAUAUCAUCGUGCUCUCUCCUGCAGCCCAUGUUCUACAUGACGUGUCGAAGACAUCUCCAGGCCUUUACAUCCAUCGCAUCAGUCCUGCGCUUCUUCCCUAUCGUCGCGAGCCAGACUUUCAAGACACCGUCUGCCUUGAAGAUUGCUGCAAGAAUGUGCUCGCCAGUAACUGGUGCAAGUACCAAUCCACCUCUGGUCGCAUCAAGCGCAUUUUGAAGAAUGCUCGGUCUGAGAAGCCCGUCGGCGAGCUGACUGACUUGAGCGUUGAAAUUCGGCCCAAGUCAGGCUGUGAGGUCCUGGAUGUGUACGGACGCAAGGCAAUCCCUCAUCUGUUCCCAGGACAAGUUCACACACUCUUCACUCGUCUUCGCAUCAAAAAGGCUGAGACCCAGAGUGUCAAGCUUGACUCCGACGAUCCUAUUCUCAAUUCGAGUUUAGACGCCAAUGGACUAAGACAGGAGCUACUAAAUGCCGUCCGCGUGGGUGCGACUAAGGUACACAUCCUAGACGUACAGGUACUACACCACACUUCACUUCACGGUGCACGAUCCUGGAUCUACACAGAGAGUCCACUAAUUCUCACACGCGAGCUUGGUGGUCUAACACCUCCCCAGGAUACAUCCAUGGAGUUCUACAGGCGUCAAAUUUUCUUCAGCCUCGUCCAAGGGUCGGCAAAUGAGGCUAAAAUCAUGGCAGAAAAGACUCUUGGUACCCUCCCUGAGUAUCAUGAACAAGCAAAGAAGCUGCUUAAGCGCAUGGCGCAAGAAGUCGAGUGUCACAUCGCGAUCCGCGAAUAUGAGAAGAAACACCGACAGAGGCUUCCACUGUGCCCCGGUCCCAUUGAGAUGGAGGGACCCCACGAGUGGCUUGACGAUGUGUGGACACGCAAGAAGAAUAAGCGCAGUGGCGUAGAUAUGGCCUGA